AGAUAUCAAGGCAUCAGAAAGAACGAGAGCACAAAGCGAGCAAAGCCCUCGUUCCGCCUCCAGCUCUCUUGCGCUCGUUCUGAUAUAUCCGUCUUCCUUUCUCGUGUGUCUUAAGCCUUCUUAAAAUGGCUGAUGGUCAUGAAACUGACAAGAACAUUGAGAUAUGGAAGGUUAAGAAGCUUAUCAAGGCCUUGGAAUCUGCCAGAGGUAAUGGCACAAGCAUGAUCUCCCUGAUUAUGCCACCACGGGAUCAAAUCUCUCGAGUCACUAAGAUGUUGGGUGAUGAGUAUGGAACUGCUUCAAAUAUCAAGAGUAGAGUGAAUCGGCAGUCUGUGCUUGGUGCUAUCACUUCUGCUCAGCAACGAUUGAAGCUUUAUAACAAGGUUCCUCCAAAUGGACUGGUUUUGUAUACUGGAACCAUUGUUACAGAGGAUGGGAAAGAAAAGAAGGUGACCAUAGAUUUUGAGCCUUUCAAACCCAUCAAUGCUUCACUCUAUCUUUGUGACAACAAGUUCCACACUGAAGCAUUAAAUGAGCUUCUUGAAUCGGAUGACAAGUUUGGCUUCAUAGUUAUGGAUGGUAAUGGUACUCUUUUUGGAACUUUAAGCGGCAACACAAGGGAGGUGCUUCACAAAUUCACAGUUGAUCUUCCAAAGAAGCAUGGAAGAGGAGGACAGUCAGCUCUACGUUUUGCUCGUCUGCGGAUGGAAAAGCGUCACAAUUAUGUUCGCAAAACCGCGGAGCUUGCUACACAAUUUUUCAUUAAUCCUGCUACAAGUCAGCCUAAUGUAGCUGGCUUAAUUCUUGCUGGUUCUGCUGAUUUCAAGACAGAGUUAAGCCAAUCCGACAUGUUUGAUCCCCGGCUGCAAGCUAAAAUACUGAAUGUGGUUGAUGUUUCUUAUGGAGGAGAGAAUGGUUUCAAUCAGGCCAUUGAGUUAUCAUCAGAGAUUUUAUCUAAUGUGAAAUUUAUACAAGAAAAGCGUCUGAUAGGAAAAUACUUCGAGGAAAUAAGUCAAGAUACUGGAAAAUAUGUUUUUGGUGUGGAUGACACACUGAAGGCUCUUGAAAUGGGUGCUGUGGAGAUUUUAAUUGUCUGGGAAAAUUUGGACAUUAACAGGUAUGUGUUGAAGAACAGUGCCACUGCAGAGAUCCUUAUAAAACACUUUACCAAGGACCAGGAAGCCGAUCAGAAUAGCUUCCGUGAUCCAGCAACUAAUGCUGAACUUGAGGUGCAGGAGAAAAUGUCAUUACUUGAAUGGUUCGCCAAUGAAUACAAGCGUUUUGGUUGCACCCUUGAGUUUGUCACAAAUAAAUCACAGGAGGGUUCACAGUUCUGCAGGGGUUUUGGUGGCAUCGGGGGUAUCCUUCGCUAUCAACUUGAUAUAAGGGCUUUGGAUGAGCCAUCUGAUGAUGAAGGCGCGUACGAAGAUUCUGAUUAGCAAUCAAGAAAUCAGUUCCUGGAGCUGAUCCAGGGGCAGCAGCUUGGGCUGGCGGAACCAUCUCACUGCCCCGUGGAGCUCCCACUUAAGCCAGUCAAUUAUUCCGAAUGCCAGUAAAGGUAAGUGGUUGAAGUGAGUUAUGUGGCAGGCGUUCUUGCUGUUGGGUUAUUAAAAGAACAAAUCAAUUCUGGCAAUGAUGUUUGGAUUAUAGACAUCAGCAUACUGCAUUUUUAUGUGGCAACUUCUGUUACUAUUAAUAUUUAGAAAGUCAUAAUCAUAUUGGUAUGAUAGACUAUGUCCAGACCACGCAAUACUGUUAUGUGAGUUGUUUCCUCUGUUUUUUUUUUUUCUGCCUUAUACUCAUGUGCUUAGUUGGAACUGCUUGUGGUAACUAUUAAACACCAAUUUUGGUGGUUCAAUAUGGUAUUGUAUUUUGCUUCUA